AUGGAAAAGAGCUUUGAUAAUAAGUUAAAAAAUGAUAAACUAGAAAAAUUUAAGAGUAUCUUAGAAGAAAAGUCUCGAAGACUUAAGGAUGAUUUCCUUUUUAGAGAUAUUUCUAAAAAAUGGGAUUAUAAUGAAAAUGAAACAAACGUAUUAAAAUAUUUUGUAAAUCUUUCUUUGGAAGAUACGAAAACCAUUGAAGAAAUUCACAAAGAAUGGCGUGUCUUCAACAAAGAAGUUGAUGAAAAGACAAGAGAAACAUUGCUUGAAGUAUUAGAAUAA